AUGAACUCGAUUCGAGUUGUGCUCUCCGUCUGCGCUGCUUACGCAUACGAGAUGGAACAGUUGGACGCUGAUACAGCGUUUUUUAACAGUGAGUUGGAGGACCGUGUCUACAUGGAGGUACCUCUAGGAGCUGAGAACCCCCAGGGAUACGUGUGCCAGCUGAACAAGGCCAUUUAUGGAUUGAAGCAAGCUGCAAGUGCCUGGAACAAGACCAUUCAUCGUGUAUUUCUCAACUACGGUUUCAAAAAAGCUGUGGUCUGCCAUUACGUCGGUGAUAUGAUCAUUGCGGCAAAGACUAGUGAUAAAAUUAGUGACGUGAAGGACGCACUCAAAAAUGCCUUCAAGAUGAAAGAGCUUGGACCGGCGAAGUUUAUUCUGGGAAUGGAGAUCGACCAUGACAUGACUUCUGGAACGCUUAUGAUCAAUCAAACGCGAUACAUCGAUGAUGUGGCGAACCGGUUUUGGGCAAGAAAACGCUAG